AUGCCGGACCCUACGGACUCCACGGAUCCCAAGAAGCCUGGAGAUAAUCCGCUCUUUGGCGCCACACCUGCACCGACAACGCCCUCGCCUAGCUCAACCACAGCUGCGCCUGAUUCAGCUUCAGAGGAAAGACUAUCAUCAGGCAGCAAAGCUGCUUCUGAUGUAACUGGGGCGCAAGAAAGCGGGUCGAUCGCGCCGGGAACAAGCGAGCCGCUCUAUGGGGCGUCGCCGCCUGCUGGUGCCAGUGGGGACUCAGGCGCACGGGAGAGGGUCGAAGCUGGAUCAAGGGAACGCGUGGAGUCCUUGAAGCGGAGCAGAGAAGCCGCACUGAACAACACAAGCAACUCACGUCCCCAACCUCCCCGUCCCCCAGCUCCCUCAUAUACCCGCCUCGCCCAAGCUCCUGCACCCGGUACCCGCCCACCCUCAACUCUGAUCCCGUACCUCCGCCGAAUCGGCUUCGUCCUCUCCCUCUUCCUCGGCGCGAGCGCGACUGUGUCGAUGAUAUGGAGCGUCUUUCUGCUUCCUCGCUUACAUGCGAGCUUUUCGGCAAGGCGGGCUUUGGCGGAACAGCAGACGGAGAGGGUAUCGGGGCUUUUGGGGCGGUUGAAGGAGAUCAGGGGGAUGGGGGUGCAUGCGGGGUACAAGCGGGAAGCAGCAGACGACGGAGAGGUGGGGGCUGAGGAUGCAGAGACGGAAGGUAAAGAGGGGGUUCAGGGCGAAAAGGGGGAAGAGUCCAAAGCGAUGAUUCGGGAAAUAUCAUCCUCCGCGCAUUCGACCUCUUCGCAUACAUCGGACCCUUCCCCUGCUACAUCACCCAACGUUCCACCCCUCCUCCCCGACCUCACAUCUCUCAUCGAUACCCUCAAGAAUCUCACCUCCACACGCUCCAACACAGCCACCACCCGUACCUCCCUCUUAUCCACCAUCGAAUCCUACACCUCCGCACUACACCGCCAACUCUGGAAUCCCCGGCCGGGAGCGGGCAAGGGCGCGUGGGGGACGGGGUAUGGGCUGGGGACGCUAGAUCAGAGCCUGAGGAAUGAGGGGGCGACGGGCGGCGCGACGGCGGGGGUGUAUAAGGAUGGCUGGGAGGGAGAGGGGCUGGGCGAUAGGGCGGAAGAGUGGGAUAGGGUCCGGAAGGAGGUCAGAGGGAUUAAGGGGAUGUUGCUGGGCAGGAGAAGUAUGGGGAUCGGGGCGUAA